AUGUCUUUCUACAACCCUGGACUAGCCAACGAAGGCAACAACUUUUACCAAUCUUCUGCACCAUUUCAAGUACCUCAAGGAUCCAUGUCUUUUUCGCAACAACCGGCAUCUGGACAAGCGUUUGCGCGUGAGCCAUUGGCCUCCGGCGUACUCAAUGCACUCUCUACUAAGGGCUAUCCUGACGAGCUGCCUCUUUUGGAAGAGAUUGGUAUCAAUUUCUCUCACAUUGUGAGCAAAACCAAGAUGGUACUCACACCUUUGCAGAGGGCAGAUUCGCUUCCUCUGGAGGUCGUAGCCGACUGUGAUUUAGCCGGUCCGCUAAUUUUUUGUCUUUUGUUCGGCACUUUAUUGUUGGCCGCUGGCAAAGUGCAUUUUGGAUACAUUUACGGUGUGGCCUUGUUCGGCACGGUCUCAUUGCACACGCUGUUAAAGUUGAUGGGAAGCGGAGGCAACACUAGUGGCGGCACCGUCGAUAGCACACAGCGUCAGUCCGAUCAACUAUUUCUAAGAACGGCGUCCAUUUUGGGCUACUGUUUCUUGCCGUUAUGUCUGUUAUCCUUGAUUGGCGUUUUCGCUUCGCUCAACAACGUUCUGGGAUACACACUAGCUUUGGUCUUCGUCUGUUGGUGCACUUGGUCAUCCUCGGGAUUCUUUACCGCUGCCAUGCACUUGCACAACACCAGGGUUCUCAUUGCGUAUCCUUUGUCCAUUUUUUACAGCGUUUUUGCAUUAAUGGCCAUAUUCGUGUAA